UGUGGUGGCAUGACUAUUCUCUCGACUGCAUUUCUAAAGGGACUGCAGCGAACCAGCCAGGACUCUAAAGCUGCUGAGUUCACAAUGAAGCUGGUGCCAAACCUCCUUCUUUGCUUGCUGCUACUGGUGACACUGUAUCAUACUGAAACAGCAGAUGAAGAACCACAGACACUUAAAGAGCCUUGUGCAAAUUGGAUGGGAGGAGCACCAGGAUAUCCAGGCCACAACGGCGUCCCAGGCAGAGAUGGAAAGGAUGGGAAAGACGGGCAAAAGGGAGAGAAUGGAGAGCCAGGUGAGCCAGGCCCCAAAGGGGAUACUGGAGAGAGAGGAGCUCCUGGCACUGAAGGCCUAAGUGGAUUUCCAGGAAUGGCAGGGAUGAAAGGGGAGAAGGGAGAAGGUGCUUAUGUUUACCGAUCUGCCUUCAGUGUUGGGCUCACCAGCAGAGCCCCCGUCCCCAACAUUCCCAUCAGAUUCACAAAAAUCUUCUACAACGAACAAAAUCACUAUGACGAAACCACAGGGAAGUUCCGCUGCAGCAUCCCAGGCCUGUACUAUUUCACAUACCACCUCACUGUGUAUAUAACAGAUGUGAAAGUCAGUCUGUACAAGAAGGACAAGGCAGUGCUAUUCACCUAUGAUCAGUUCCAGAAAAACAAUGUCGACCAAGCUUCCGGGUCUGUUUUGCUUCACCUGAGUGCCGGAGAAGAAGUUUGGCUUCAAGUGUAUGGAGAAGAAGAAAAAGAAAACAAUGGUGUCUAUGCUGAUAAUAUCAAUGAUUCUACUUUCACGGGUUUCCUCCUUUAUCCAGACUUGGAUCUUCAUUAAAGUGUGAGUCCAGUAAAUGAGGGAGGAAAGGAAGGAUUAGCCAAGGAAUUGAUUUGCGAACACUCUAGGUUUUCCUAAGCACUAUUUCCACUAUUUCCACACUGUGGUUACUAGCAAACAGUGUUUUGUAGGGCUUUAGACUAGGUAUUAUAAUCACCAUCAAUGAAAUCCUGGCCCCAUUGAAAUCAAUGGAAGUUAUUCCAUUGACUUCAGUGUGGCUAUAAUUUCACCCCACAUCACCACUUCUGCCCUCUUUCCAAACUGAGCCCAAAUAUCAAUGCAUUCACUAAAGAAAUAGACAGAGAUAACAUAGUGUCUAGUCCACUGGGCUCCUGUUCCAUGACAGAGGCUCCCAAGUGCUAUGAUAAUUCAAAUAAUAAAUAUAAUCAUAAAUAAUACAGCUCCUUGAAAUAUUUUUGAAAUUCACA